GUGCGAUAGUUGCGUUGACGUUUCUCCCUUCUCAGUUACCAACGCACAUCUGUGUGUAAAAUAAGCAAAAACGAGAUGGAAAUUUGUUGAUAUUCUGUAUUUGAUAAAUGUUAUUGUUUCUUGUUUGCUGAAAGGUAUUGCAAUUUAAAAAAGGCAUAACAACAUGAAGCUGCCAGUCAUGUGUCGCACUUGCGACGCAAGAGACACCGAUAAACUUUAUAAGUUAGCGACGGCCACCAAAAGAUUUCCUGAUAAAUUGCUCUCCGACAUUUUAUCUGAAUUGACGCACAUUGAGGUAGACGAUCCAUUGGGCCAGCGACUCCCACAAUGUUUGUGCGGCACCUGCGCCAGGAAACUAAUAAGCGCUUAUUACUAUGUGAAGCAGGCGCUGGCAGCACACGAGCUGCUAAUAAACCAUGUGCAAGAUAGCGACAAAGCCAGUGUGGUGGACUGCCUGCAGGAGGUACCCAUGGAACUGUGUGCCGAACAACAUGUGGAGGUUAAAUUGGAAACGGAAGAAGAGGAUGUUGACAACGAUAUCACCUGCACAGAACUGCCGGAAUUCACCACAGUACAAAAUGCCAACGAUGUUGACAACACAUUGAGCAGUGAUGUGGAUGUAGAUGUAACCAAAGCGUCCAACGAUCCAUUGACAAUGGUCGAUCCCGUCAAACAGGAAGAGGAUGGAGUUGCAACAAAAGCAGCGAUUGCACAGGACCAUUUGUAUAAGGCUGAUAAUGAUAACGACGAAGAAGAUUCGCUGGAUGAUUUGCCUCUACAACAGCGGAUACAAAAGUGGAAGCAAACAGAAAAACAUCGCAGAUUAAAGAGACAAAUAUUCGAGUGCAAAGAAUGUCCCAAAAGCUUCAAGCGUCCCAGAUAUCUAAAGCAGCAUUCUUCGCGGGUGCAUAAAUCGAAAACUGAUUGGUAUUCCUGCUCGUUCUGCAUACGAAAAUUCAGCCACCACGAAGCACUGAAAGCACAUCUCAAGGUGCACGGGGAUUCGAAGAGAUCGGCCAAUUUGGGAGAAAAUAAAAAGGCCAAGGAUAUUGAUGUAAAUGUGUGCAAACCUCAUGGCUAUAAGCUUAUUGAGUGCAUGAUCUGCCAAAGUCAAUACGAUAAGAUCGUUCAUUUGCGACGCCACUUGGAGCAGCAUCCAGAGAUUGUUAACUUUGGCACACGGUCCAAUAUGGAACCCAAUGAACUUGCCGAGCUGUUCUAUCCAGAUGCCAAGGAUAUGACUGAACAAGAAUUAAAAGCGCUCAUACGAAAAGAUUUAGCUGCUGGCAUUUAUCAACGUUUCUAUUCGAUAACGAAUCAAUCGGGCUAUGAAAUAGAUCUAGACAGCUCAGAGACUGAUAGCGAAGCUGAACUGGAUGCAGAUGAGCAUACGAAGCAACAACGUAGCAUACCAAUAGCCAAAUACUGUUGUGAACUUUGCCAAGAACGCUAUCAACGGAAGUAUCAGCUGUACGAGCAUCAGCGACAAACGCAUCUCUGGCAGGAUGCGCCGCAUGUCUGUGGUCGCUGCGAUGCUCGCUUUGUCAGCCUGCAGUUGUUGCGGCAUCACAACGAGUCGCAAUGCAAGAAUUCGCAAAAACGUUUCCUAUGCCACAAAUGUCCAUUGCGCUUUCGCUGGCGUCACAAUCUAAAGGUGCACAUCAGGGAGCACAGAAUUGCUAAUCAAACAUUCGAGUGCGUCGAUUGCAAACGAGUCUUUGACAAGAAGAAGUCGCUAACAGUUCAUUUGCUGAGCGUGCAUGCAGAGCAAUCGAAGCUGAUACCGUGUCAAUGGUGCACUCGCAAGUUCUACCGACGCGACUAUCUGGUGAAGCACCUCAAGCGACAUGGCAUUCGAGAGCAGGAUAUUCCAUUGGCGGAGACACUUAUUGCGGCCACUUCAAAGCCGAAUGGCACCAAACGAAUCACCUGCAAGAUCUGCAACAUGCACUUUGAGCGCAUCAUCGAUCUGCGUGCUCACAUUCAACUGGAGCUGAAGCUGGCUUUAUCGCUGCACCAGAACUAUGAUUCGCCACACAACUAUUCCAUAACAAAUGAAUCGGGAUACGAACUGCAGCUAGGUGACUCUGAGACAGAGGAUGAAGUGCAAAUGCAAAUGCAGAUGCAAUCAACGUCGCGCAUCGUCUACGUCUGUGAGCUGUGCAAAGUGCAAUGCAAGCGAAAAUACGAGAUGAUACAGCAUCAGCGUGCCAUGCAUCGUUUUGACAAGAUGCCACAUGAGUGUGAGACCUGCAUUUUCAAGUGUCUGCAAGGUAAUAGCAUUAUGGAUCAGCAUCGUCAAUCGCAGUGCCACAGCACUGAAAAGAAAUACGCGUGCAGUAGAUGCAGCUACAAGUUUAUGUGGCCUGAGAAUCUUCAGCAACAUAUGCAACUCCAACAUGGUGGCAAUGAACGCGGUGCUAGCGCUGAUCGUCGUCUACCCAAUGAUGUAGCGGAUCAAGUCGAUUCUGCUCUUCAAUUACUACAAUGUCCGCACUGCGAUCGCACCUACCAAAUGAAGUCACGCCUUAACAAUCACAUACGGGACGUGCACAUCAACGGGGAUCGCAAACGCAAGGAGGCCAUCAAGAAGUUCUUGUGUUCGCUGUGUGGUCGCGAGACGCAAUCCGCAGCAACCUUAGUAACCCACAUGCGCCGCCAUACAGGCGAGAAACCAUUUAAAUGUGAUCUAUGUGAAAUGGCCUUUCCCCGGCACUCGGAAAUGAUAUCGCAUCGUCGCAUGCACACCGGCGAGAAACCAUUCCAUUGUACAGUCUGCGGCAAGGAUUUCGCCCGAUCCGAUAAGCUCAAACGACACAUGCUCACCCACAGCGGACUGAAGCCCCACAAGUGCACGUACUGCGACAAAAGCUAUCGCCAGGCCAAGGAUCUAAAGCUGCAUCUUCAGCAGCAUACGGGCGAGUGCCCCUUCAUCUGUGGCACAUGCGGCGAACGCUUCAUCCAGGGCACCGCGCUCGAAAAGCAUCGAAUGAUGCGUCGUCACUUUGACGAGGUCGACGAACGAGGUACAACGCAAUCGCAGAUGCAGACACAAACCGCUUAAGACGGUG